GUGUGUGAAAUGCUAUGCACGUUACGGGGUUUGUUUACAUCGCGUUGUUUUCGCUGUGUUUACCAUCAAAGGUUACCAGUGGCCCUUGCUUUCAGAUCUGGGCAUAAAUUUAAUCAACGAGUGGGUUUUUGCAGAAUUGAACUCAAGCAAGCAUUUCUGCAUGAAAAGCUUCAGAGCAGCCCUGCCAAGUUGCAGAACACUUACAGUUAUUUGAUCCUGAGGACGGUGAAGGGAAAAUCUGGGCAGCGGUCAGAGUCAAUCAUGUCGUCUUCAGAUGAAGAAGUGGUGAACGGUGGUGCUACUAGCAAGACUGAACAAGAAGAAAAGACGAAAGAUUCAAAAGGCAAAAGAGCUGUAAAAAGAAAGCAGGACUCAAAGACCAACACCAGUGCAAAGAAAGCAAAGACAGCUGAGACAGCUGCGUCGGAGGACAGUAAUGGGGAAAGCGACAGUCCCUCGAAGAGUGAAGCAGGUGGAGACACUGGCGACUUUAUCGAGAGAAUCAACAAACAGAGAACAAGUGUGUGUGCCAGCGUGGAUAAGUUCAAAUUCAAUAAGAACAGGGUUCGGGUCUUGUCCAAGGAAGAAGACUUUCCCGACGACAGUGACGGAGUGGUCUACUGGAUGUCGCGGGAUCAGAGAGUUCAGGAUAACUGGGCUUUUCUGUAUGCCCAGCGUCUGGCUUUAAAGUUAGAAGCACCUCUUCACGUCUGCUUUUGUUUGGUACCCAAGUUUCUCGAGGCCACAAUCCGACAGUUCGGCUUCCUGCUGAAAGGUCUGGCUCAAGUGGAAAAGGAAUGCCGAGAGCUGAACAUAGCCUUUCACCUCCUGCUGGGAGAGGCGAGCAAAGUCCUUCCCCAGUUUGUGAAGGACAACAGCAUCGGAGGCGUGGUCACAGACUUCAGUCCCCUCCGCACACCGGCCAAGUGGGUGGACGAGCUGAAAGAGGCCCUGCCUGAAGACGUACCUCUCUGCCAGGUGGACGCCCACAACAUUGUCCCUUGCUGGCUGGCCUCCCCUAAGCUGGAGUACGGAGCCCGCACCAUUCGCAACAAGAUUCACAACCAGCUCGGCAGCUUCCUCACCGAAUUCCCGCCGGUGUCCCGCCACCCUCACCCACCAUCCAAAAUGCCACCAGUGACGGACUGGAAGGCAGCAGACGGGUACCUACAAGUGGACCGCUCUGUGGCAGAAGUCACAUGGGCAAAGCCCGGCACCGACCCAGGUCUGAGAAUGCUUGAGUCCUUCUGCGAGAAACGUCUGAAAAGUUUUGCCACUUCCCGUAAUGAUCCGAACAAGCAAGCUUUGAGCAAUCUGUCUCCAUGGAUCCACUUUGGCCAGAUCUCUGUCCAGCGCUGUAUCCUGAUGGUCAAAAAGUACCGGUCAAAGUCCAGUGAAGGUGUGAAUGCGUUCAUCGAAGAGGCGGUCAUACGGCGAGAGUUGGCGGACAACUUUUGUUUUUACAACGAAAAGUAUGACUCAGUCAAAGGAGCGUACGACUGGGCACAGAAGACGCUAAAAAUUCACAGCGGGGACAAGCGUCCGUAUUUGUAUGACCGAGAGAAGCUAGAACAGGGCAAAACUCACGACGAUUUGUGGAACGCUGCUCAGAUCCAGAUGGUGACAGAAGGGAAAAUGCACGGGUUCCUGCGGAUGUACUGGGCCAAGAAGAUUCUGGAGUGGACGCCGUCGCCCGCCGUGGCUCUGACCGAAGCCAUCUACCUCAACGACAAAUACAACCUGGACGGCCGAGACCCGAACGGAUACGUCGGCUGUAUGUGGUCCAUCUGUGGCAUCCACGACCAAGGCUGGGCAGAGAGGGACGUGUUUGGCAAGAUCCGCUACAUGAACUACAAGGGCUGCCAGCGCAAGUUUGAUGUGGCCAACUUUGUGAGGAAGUAUGGCAAGAAGAAGGCCUGAGGAGAGGCAUUUGGAGUGGGUGGUCGGUGGGUGCUGUUAUGUGUUUGCAAUUAGUGCGGUAUAUUCUUAUACUAAAACCGAAGAGCUUCUUUGACGAGUCCUCACCCGCAAACUUGUUAUUGUUUACUCUAAGUGUUCCUGGAGAUGAAUGCUCAUUUUGUUUUUGUUUUUUGGGGGGGUUUUUGUUGUUUUUUUAAUGGUUAUUCUCUAUUUUCUUGAGUGAAUCUAAUUCAACCCUUUGAAUCCUAAAUCUUGAAAUUUCUCAAAUCUGUAUCCCUGGACAUUUUUCGCAAAUUUCAUCAAAGCUCACAGUGUUUUGGGGGCACGUGCACAAAAAGACUGAGGGGAAGAACAUGGAGAAAUAAAUACAUCUGAUUACUCCCUUGUUGACCUUAUUCCAAAGUGGAAAUGUUGUAAGACAACGAACAAGAAAUAAAGAGAGUACUUUUGACGAACUACACAACUCAGGGCAGUCUGCGCCCCGGUGAACCGGCCUUACACAACACGGUAUAUACAGCAAAAUAUUGCUGGGGAAAGCCAUUUCAAAGCUCUACAGUUCUCCGCCAAUGAAACCCUGAGUUGUGUAGUCCGUCAAAAGUACCCUCUUAAUUUCUUGUUCGUCGUCUUACAUUAUUUCCACCUUGGAAUAAGGUCAACAAGGAAAUGACAGAUGUGUGCCCAUGCCGUUUUACCGACCUAACAGGUUCAAAGGGUUCGAAGUCAUGGUGUACAUGUCAAGAGUUUGCAUUUAUUUUUUGUCCUCUUUAGGGGGGUCAGUACACCUGUUGGCAUCGUGCUGAGCCACAGUAAGAAUGGCGGCAGUUUGAUCCCCCAAUGAGGCGUUCUUUUACCAGGGUUGUUUUGUUGUUGAGUUUUCAUUGUUCUUUUCCUACUGGGCUCGUUCCUGUGUAACUGUAAAAGCACAGGCCACUUGAUGAAUAUGCCGCAAUGUUUUAGGGGCAUUAUCUCCACACUUUACUCAUGUGCUCAUAAAGGCAAGCAGAAAAACAGAAUGAUUGUUCUUGUAUGUAAGCGAGACACCAAUAUUUGAGUUGUUUUUGUUUUUCUUCCAGAGUGAGGGGGGAACAUGGAUGUUUAUAUUUCAAGUUCAUGUAUACCAAUACUUUUUUGUAUUUGAAAAAGUUUCAUUUCACUUUCUGUUUAUGUGGCAGAAUGCAGGUAGCGGAUAUGCGGCCUUCCGGCCUUCCAAGCGCGUGGUUUCAAAUGGUACCAAAGCCCUUAGGAGAUAUAGGCCUUUCAUAUGGAACAGAUAGAUUUGGCAUACAGCUACUUUGAAAAUUUAGUUUCUGGUACCAACAAAACUGAAGCGUCCACAGUAUGGUUGCAUGCUUUGUAUUGCUCGUGAUUUUAUUGUUUAUCUAUUAGCUCUCAAGUUUGUGUUUCACAACUGUUUCUGGCAAUAUGGUUUUCAUUCUGAUGUUAUUCUCUCCCUUAUUUUAAAUUUUGUUACAUUUAUACAAAUGAGAAAUUUCACUGAUUUGUUGGGGGGGUUUUCCUGUUGCUCCAUGUUUGAACAAUUUUUUUUGCUUGAACGUUUGGUGAAAGUCAGUAUUUGACCCCACUUUGUGUUGAACAAGGUGAAUAUCUAUAUGUGAUGUUGUUUGUACGUGUGAUAGAGAUAUAUGACACUAGGCUGUCAUUCCAUGAUAUUAUUGUCAGACUACUGGAUAUCUUAACACUAUCCGUACGUCGUGUUUUACUAUCGUAUCCAUACGACGUUGGGAACUCUUUGCCACCACUUUCCAAAG